GCAGAAAGCACGGCAACGAAUUGAAGGCGGCGGGACAGGCAGGGACAGCCGGCCGCCUUCUCACUGCAGCUUGAGUUCGAUCUUCCUCCUCCUCGUGGAACUCGCUUGCCUGCCACCCCGACCUUGGCGACCGAUCGAUGGCCCAGUCCACCGGGAAGCGGCCUCCGGUGCCGGCGCCGGCCUCCCGUGUUUUAUAUCUUUUGAAAUGGAAUGAUCAACACCUCCUCUCAUACCCGACAUGAGUGUGAAUAAAUGAAUAGGGAAUGUGGGGACAGAGACUUGAACCCAAGACCUCAAGCAUAGUACUCCCUCCGUCCCAUAAUAUGAGGUAUGGCGAGGAAGCUCGCGCUAGCUCUGUUUGUGUUCCUGGCGGCGCUGCUGUACCAGCAGAUUCAGCCUCCGGCUCCCAAAAUCUGUGGCUCGCCGGGCGGGCCUCCGGUUACAGGAACAAGAACAAAGCUCAAGGAUGGCAGGCAUUUGGCCUACCUGGAAUCCGGCGUCCCAAAGGAGAAGGCCAAGUACAAGAUCAUCUAUGUUCAUGGGUUCGACUCCUGCAGAUACGACGCGCUCCCAAUCUCCCCGGAGCUGGCACAAGAGCUAGGCAUUUACCUGCUAUCCUUCGACCGGCCCGGGUACGCGGAGAGCGACCCGAACCCGGCCCGGACGGAGAAGAGCAUCGCCCUGGACAUCGAGGAGCUCGCCGACAACCUGCAGCUGGGGCCCAAGUUCCACCUCAUCGGCUUCUCCAUGGGCGGCGAGGUCAUGUGGAGCUGCCUCAAGCACAUCCCACACAGGCUCUACGGCGUGGCCGUUCUCGGCCCAGUGGGCAACUACUGGUGGCCCGGCCUGCCGUCGAACGUGUCACGGGAGGCCUGGUACCAGCAGCUACCGCGGGACCAAUGGGCCGUCUGGGUCUCCCACCAUCUGCCAUGGCUGACCUACUGGUGGAACACCCAGAGCUUCUUCCCGGGCUCCAGCGUCAUCGCCUACAACCCGGCUCUGCUGUCCGAAGAAGACGCCAUGCUCAUGGAUAAGUUUGGCAUGCGCCCCUACAUGGCGCAGAUAAGGCAGCAGGGGGAGCACGAGUGCCUGCACAAGGACAUGAUGGUGGGGUUCGGGAAGUGGGACUGGAGCCCCAUGGAGCUGCAGGACCCGUUCGCCGGCGGCAAAGGGAAGGUGCACCUGUGGCACGGCACGGAGGACCUCAUCGUGCCCGUCACCUUGUCCAGGUACAUCAGCGAGAGGCUCCCCUGGGUGGUCUACCACGAGCUUCCCAAGUCCGGACAUCUCUUCCCGAUCGCCGACGGGAUGGCCGACGCCAUCGUCAAGUCCCUGCUGCUCGGCGACGACCAGUGAGUGGUGACGACCUUCAAGGACUCUCGAUCCGUCGUGGCACAGGCGCGCUGCACCGUAAUCAUGAGCUGCUGCUGUGGGCACAUAAUCUGAUUUCUGUCAGUUCAGAACACACAAACUUUGGUAUAAAUCUCGCGUAAAAUGGUUGUGAAAUCGUACGAGAAAGAUUCUCCCGUUUGGAGCAUGUAGUACUAUUCGGUUCCAUUCCAUCUGGCCAUCUGGGCCGCCAAUAAGGUUUGAUCUCCU